UUAUACUCUCUCUCCUCCCACUCAAUUUCAGGUGUAAAGCAGUGACUCAACACCUGCACCUGUACAAAUCGUCCUCAACACCUUCAGGACAAAUCCGUACUUGAAUCAUUUGAUAGUGAAGAAAACAAUGUAUUCGCACGGCAGUGUCCUCCGUACCUGUGUCAGAGGGAUCUACAGUUGUCACUGGAGCACUUCUCGUGAUACGCGACGAAAAACGGCAUGCUGCGGGUUCCUGUUUCUGUCUUUUGUGUCCAUACUUGCACUGAGUUGGAUUUAUGUUUGCUUUAUUGCUUUCAACGACCACAGUGAUCUAAACUGGUUUAUCUUCACAAAAUUAAAAACAUGGGUGAACUGGUAUAUGAUAAUGAUGGUCACCUCUGCUGUGGUAGCCACAUACUGCCUCCUCUUACUGGUAUUUGGAUUAAUACAUUUUGCAAUCAGAGAACCUUUGGUUUUACACUGCCUCCAUAAGGUGUUACUGUCUUUGGGUCUCCUCAUAGUCACCCUGGGUACAGCUGGAUUUAGUGUUAAAUGGAAAGAGGAGUGGCAUAGCGUUGAAAUGUCAUUUCAGGCCACUGCUCCUUUCCUGCAGCUGGGCGCCGUGGUGGCUUUGACUCUGAUCAGCUGGCUUGUCUUUCAAAGUUAUCACAGAGCCAAAGCGGCUGCUUGUAAGUUCUUUAUAAUGAUGUCCUUCCUGAUCGUGUCGGCUGCUGUGUUUCUGUGUCCUCUUGUGAUCUGCUCUCCAUGCAUUACCAAUAAUCUUCCCCCAAAGCCUGCCCUUGUCGGACACCGUGGUGCUCCUAUGCUGGCUCCAGAGAACACUCUGAUGUCUUUCAUGAGGAGUUUAGAGUGUGAUGUGGAGGCAUUCGAGACCGAUGUACAGCUCAGUGAAGACAAGCAGCCUUUUCUUAUGCAUGACCAUGGGUCAAACUUCCUGCUAAGAACGACGGAUGUAAAAAAUACAUUUAUUGAUCGAGGAAACAGCACACACACUAGCUUCUCAUGGAAAGAGUUACAGAUGUUAAACGCAGGUGAAUGGUUUUUAAAGACGGAUCCAUUCUGGACGGUGUCAAGACUCACAGAAGAAGAGAAGAAUCAGAGUAAAGAGCAGAAAGUGCCAUCUCUUAAUGAACUUUUAGAUCUGGCCAAAGAGAAUAACAUCUCCCUCAUAUUUGAUCUGAAAAAUGAGAACAACUUUUCAGAAUUUAAUGACAGCGACUCCUACUACACAGUUGAAACCAUCAAAGAAUCAGGCAUCUCCCCUGCAAAGAUAUGGUGGCUUCCUGCACAACACAGGCAAAAAGUGAGCAACAUUGAACCAGGCUUCAAACAAGUGUAUAAUAUUAUGUCGGACAUGGAGGAGGAAGGGGGAAACUUUCUGAAUGUGAAAUAUAGUUCACUGAGUGCUCAUGAAAUAAGUAAGCUGCGAGAAAGAAAUGUAUCGGUGAAUGUGUGGGUUGUGAAUGAACGUUGGCUCUUUUCAUUACUGUGGUGCUCCGGGGUCACUUCAGUAACCACCAAUGCCUGCCACAUCUUCAAAGACAUGAAAAAUCCUGACUGGCAUCUGAUGCCAGAUUUGUACAUGGGGAUAUGGAUUUCGACUGAUGUGAUGUCUCUGCUGUUGAUGUUCGGGCUUUUUCUUUGGCAAGGGAAAAGAGUGCGUGCUAGCCAAAACAGAAGUGAGAGAAAUAUCCCUCUGCUUGCAUUCUGAAUGAUGUCAAGAAAGACAUCAUGUCCUUGUUUCACCGUUAAAAGAAUCCUUUAUGCUCACCCUUUGUAUAUUAUUUAAAUUACGGUAUGGUAAAUGUGACAAAAAACGGCAUUAAAAGACCACACAUUAUGUUCAUUGUAUAAGUGUUGAUAAAAUGUAAUGAGAAGUAUUUGAGAUCAGUUAAUCUGUAGGGGAACAAUUUGAGCGAUGCUGCCAUCUUUUGACAAUGUCAUGUAAUUUCCUUCAUACAGUAUCACGUGAUCGUGUGUGUUUUAAAUAUUUUUUUACUUGUAAGCUUAUGUUGUUCAACAUUUUAAACUGUUUGUAUAGAUGUGCUGUAGAAUAUAUAUAUAUUGUGCUUUUGGUAAUUACAGGGAUUCAAGACGGAUUCAGAAAUUAUAACUCUAUAACAUUGUAAAAUACAAAUGUGUGAAAGUAAACUUAAUUGUUUACCCAUAAAGGUAUUUUAUAGUGAAUACAGAAGUGUAUUUUAUAGAAUUGUUGUAUAAAAUCUCGACUGUAAUAACUGUAAUAUUGUUUUGCAUUUAAAAAUGUGUUGCAGAACUUUAAUACUUUGAUGAAAUGUAAAUAUCUGUAAUCCUUACCUGAGCUGUUACAUGUCAUCAUGCUUAUUGCACUGGAGGGUUUCAAACCGGGACAAGCGGCUCCAGAAACAUUUUUGAAUAAAAGAUAAAGAAGUGUUAAA